GUCGCUUCCGAGCCUCCGAUACAGACGCACGCGCACACAACCGAAGACGAGAAUACUGAUAUUAUAUUUUGAGUUCGUGUUUUGAGCCGGUUUUAUAUAAGUUUGUAAACAAAUAAUGUUAUGAAGACGUGAUUGUGACGUAUCGAGAUGUCUUUCUGUAGAAUAACGGGCCGCAGUCGAGGCUUGCCCAAGCCUAAUUACUUUCCGCUCCUCGCACCGAUCUCUCCCGCUGAUGCGAAACGAUGCUGCAGGAUAACCGGGAAAUCGUAUGGGCUACCUUCUCAUCAUUACAUUCCAGUCUUACUCACAACUCGUUCUACUAAAACGAAAUGUAAAAUAACAAAUGUGUCCGGCGAACUCGGACCUCAUCAUUAUUCACCUGAAAUAAAUUAUGGAAAUAGGAAACACGAAAUGCUACCAGACUAUCGAUAUAUAUUCCCUGUUCUGGAUGGUUCUACUGAGGCUCAGCGAUAUUUGAUGGAUAUGCUUCUCACUAAGCAAAUUGCAGAAGAAAAGCGUUACGUGUACACUGUCGACGAGAGAAGGUGUAGUUUAGUUUUUUCUGCUCGUUUGGAGGCAGCAGUGAGGGACGGCGAUGUUAGAGAUGUAAUGCUGGCAAAGGAUUCAGAUACAGUGCUCAUUAAAACAAAACAAGGACGUAGUGUUUCCAUGGAUUUUAAGGAUUUUACUGAGGAUGUCGAAAUCUUUGAAGGCGAGGGACCGAACGCGGAGGUCUUAAGACAAAGAGAAGCUGAAGAAUUAGAAGAGAGAAAAAAGAAAAGAAAACGAGCUGCAGGGUUAUCAUCGAUGAAGAAAAUAUUUGAAAAUAAAGAAAAGUUAGAGGAAGUGCAGGAAUUUGAGGAGAUUAAAAUGCGACAAGAACGUCUGGCUAAAAAAGCCAAACUGGAAGAUUUCAAGCACGAAAAACAUGAUAUCAAGACGUACUCUUGUGAUAAAUUCGACUUACAUCAUAUGCGUUCUAAAUCGAGUAUACUCUCGUGCAGUGGCGAUUGGAAGGAUCAAAUGCAACCUCUCCCUGAAUCGUGGGACUGGGACUUAUUUGAAAACCAAAUGACUGGUGAAAAGUUUAAUUCUAAAAUUACUAAAUUGCCAUCGCCCAUACAGAUUACACCUCACCAUUGUGAUUCCGAAAUUUAUGAAGUCGAUAAAAAUAUUAGUGAUGUGUCUGUUUCCUUAGACAAUGUACCCUGUGUUAAUCCUUUAAAACCGGUAAAAAAUAGACCUUCUGAAGCAGUAAUUAACGCAGUUGCAAAUUUGCCCUCAGAACGAUUAACAGAGACUGCAAAUAUAGCAGAAAGAUUACUGGAAGUCAAUAAAUUAGAUAUGCUUCCUACUCUCGAAAAUUUACCAGAGGUUGUGAAGGGUAUUAAGAAGGGCAAAAGGGAGAGAGUUGCAAAAAUAUCAGGGCUUACAUUGGAUAUAGAUAAAGCAAAGAAAUUUAUACCCGGCCAACAUAUAAAUACACCACAAGGACCGGUGUUUGUACCAGGACAGACAGUAGAAACACCUUUAGGACCAUUAUUUGUACCGGGAUUAACUGUGAAUACUCCAGCUGGACCUGGACUUAUUCCGGGGCAUAUUAUAGAGAAUGAAAAUACUUGUGAGCCAUUCUUCUUAGCCGGUCAAGUGUUACAAACAAUUAAUGGUGAAGAAUUUGUUUGCGGACAAACAUUAAAAAGUAAAGAUGACUCAUGUAGAUUUACUGAAGGUCAGACCGUUAUAAGCGAGGAAGGUUUGAAAUUCGUUCCUGGAAAAAUUAUAAAUAACGGAUCUGAAGAGUUGUUCGUACCAGGACAAACAAUAAUGACUCCCGAUGGAGUCCAAUUUAUACCCGGCCAAACAAUAUCUGAACAUGAUAACAUAAUUUUUACUCCAGGUCAAAACGCCAAAAUUAAUAACGAGUGGCAGUUCGUACCUGGUCAAGCAAUACAUCAUGAUGACGAAUUACAUUUCGUGCCCGGUGCAACAUUGUCAACGCCAAACGGACUUAAAUUCGUACCUGGCCAAACAAUUGAAGUAAAUGGUGAAACAACUUUUGUUCCCGGAAUUACAAGAAUGAAUAAGAAUGGGUUAGAAUUUAUUCCUGGUACUACAGUUGAUACUAUUGAAGGGCCAAAAUUUAUUGAAGGUCAAAUUAUGAGUACGGAUAGUGGCGAAAAGUUUGUACCCGGAAAGACUAUUGUACAGGGAAAUGGAAAUGUUGAAUUUUCGAUAGCAAAAUCAAUUGAAGAUAUUACUUUUACGGAAAGUAUGCCAACGGGAUUACCUAUUGACAUUAAGACGUGCUCACUGUCCGAAGAGUCUUUAUAUGUUUUUGGCCACAUGGUGCAAACAACUACAGGUAUAGAAUUUUAUCCAGGGUCCAAAAUUCCAAAAUGUGAAGGUAAGGUGGUUCCUGGUCGUCUGGUAAAGAAUGAAGAAAAUCAGUCACGUUUUGUUCCAGGAAUGAUGGUGGAAGGAAUUUUCGUGCCUGGUCAAAUUGUUUUUACAGAAAAUGGUGAACAAUUUGUUCCUGGUCAAGUUGUAGACACAGUGGAUGGUCCUAAAUUUGUUCCUGGUCAAGUAGUGAAUACUAAAACCGGCCCUAAAUUCGUACCAGGACAGACAAUACAUACAAUUGAUGGGCCUAGGUUUGUACCUGGACAAAUAAUAGAAACGAAGGCUGGGCCUACAUUUAUUCCGGGACAAGUUAUAUCUACUGAGGAUGAGGGUUCGCGAUUUGUUCCUGGCCAAGUAGUUGAUACUGAAGAAGGUCCUCGUUUUGUUCCUGGUAGAGUAAUAGAAACUGACGAUCAAGGUGUAACCUUUGUACCUGGGCAAAUAGUACAAACCCCGGAAGGUUUGAAGUUUGUAGCUCCUGACUUGAUUGAAGGAGAAGAAGGUCUCGAGUUUUCAGUACAAAGUUUCGUCGUUACUCCUGAAGAAUUGAAAUUAUUAAAAGUAAAAACUAAUCCCAAUGACACAACUUCGACAAAAGGAGAGUUGACUAUUGACACAAAAAUGUUAAGGCAACUUUCUGAAGCUGGAAUGUCCAUUGGAAGACAAGUACCUACAGAUCUGCCGGCCAUAAACGUGGUAUUAAACCAGACCAAAAAUGCUGAAGCAUUAAAAGCUUUUGUAACAGACUUUGGAUUAAAAGACGACGUAGCAAAUCAAUUGAUGGAAGUAAUAACUUCCAUAAUAGAAAUGAGUGCUCAUUUAAAAUCAGAAAUGCACGGUAAUUAUGGUGAAAAUGGUUCUGUGGCCGAAAACAGGAAAGGACGUAGCAAUAAAAAACGUUCAGAGAUACAAAAAGACAAUGAUUUUUCUGGUGACAAGGAACAUAAUAUACAUCAAGAAAAGGUUAAAAAUUCUAUUGCCGCUGCUGUAUUGGCUGCCCUCGUUACUGCGGAGCAAUUCGAAGAGUUUAAUAAUAAUAAUAGUAAGGAAAAAUACAAUCAUAUUCUUAAAUCAAUUGACACGAUAUUAGGUAAAGCUAUAGAUGAAGAUUUUGUUACUGCAAUGUUUAAAGUUCUUCAAACAGAGGAAGAUAAGGAAACACUGUGUGAAGAAAUACUUGAAAAUUCGAGUUAUUCAAAAGUAGAAUUAAUUAAAAUUGCUGUUAGUAGCAUUUCAGACAAGAAACCGUUUACCGAGGAGCAGAUUAUUGAUAGAUUCGCCAAAUUUUUAAGCACUGAAUGUGAAGUAAUAGGGCCCGCUUUCAAAAACAUAACCAAAAAUGAUACAUGUUUGUUACAACACGUCUUAAGUCGAAUCUCAGACUCUAUUUCGUUCAUCAAAUCAGACAAUGAAGCGGCAGAGACACUACAAAAAGCUAUCGUAUCAGCUGUACAGGAGACGAGCAGCAAAAACUUGGAAACAAUACUUGAAGGUUCAGAUAAAGAAAAUCUUAAAGCUAUCAUCGUUCAAUCUGCGGGACUUGCAAGAGUCCUUGGAAUGAAUGAUGUGUCGAAGAAAAUAUUAACAGCUUUAAUAGAUGAUAGUUAUUUAAAUAAUGUCACUAGUGACAAGACAUGUAUGGAUGUUUUAAAGAGAUUAACAGUAAUGCGAAAACUCGCUGAACAAACACCAAAUCUUCACGGUACCCUAGAAAAACUUGAAAAAGACCCAUCAUUAGCACGGACGGAUCCAAAACUGAGAGACUUAGUUCUGGAAAGUGCAGCUCUUAUGAUUGUGCCAGAAGAGCCUCCUUUGAUGACAUCAGAGGACGUCCCAUUAAGUUUGCUACAGCCAGAGAACAGUCUCGCAAUGGAGGACUUCUUAUUUCAACGUAAAAAACACCGGGGGGCUCUUUUAAUCAUGAAAAAGGGACUGCAAGCAGUCGUCCCUAGGGAGGCGAGUCGAGCCGUGCUAACUGGACAAGUUUCAUACACAGUUUUGGACGAAAAUGGAAUACGACAUUUUGAACCAUUGCAUGUAUUUUCUGCUCUUAAUUUAAGUCAACCUACAGCACAUAGAUUUAGCAUGUACAGUUGCCCAGUCUUAGACGAUAACGACGAAGAUCUCCAAACAUUUACCGGCUACUGUAAUAUAAGUACAAAUCAAAGAAUAACCAAAUUGGGAGGAUAUAAAAGACACAGCGGUGUUAACAUCGAUAAAGAAAAUUCGCGACGCAAUAGUUACCUCGAAAACACGCCGACUUAUAAGAGAUAUCAAUCUAGAUCCCUCACGAGAUCGAGAUCCACAUGUAGUCGAAGUCCGCCGAAGGUGGACGAUGUCGUGGUCGCGACAUCCGACUACACGGCGACGACUGACGAGGAAGUGUCUCUUAAAGCUGGAGACAUUGUUGAGGUUCUCGACACGAAGGCCGUUGCCGGCGGAUCAAAGAACGCUAACAUCGACUCCAAUCUGGACGUGGAAGCCGAUCUCCUGGACGUGUCGGCGGCAAAGCAUAAACUGUCCGUAAGACCGAAGAAAAACCAUAAGAGUAAGCUAUCUAAGAAGAGCGCACAUCAAGAGAGAUGGCUUGUUCGGGUGUUGGAGGACGUGUGUGGUGGCGAGGUGAUUUCUCGCAAGGGUUUAGUACCAGCUCACGUGCUGAAGGAAGAACGACCUGAAAGAGAUCAGAUCGCGCUGGCUGCACGGAGACAAGCGGUGGUGCGUGAGCUGAUAGAAACGGAAGAAGAGUUCGGGCGUGACAUGAAGCAGGUUGUGAAUCAGUACAUGAAGCCGUUGGACAAGGCCUCCACUCCCAAACCAGUGUUUGACAACAGAGAGUUGCUGUUCUCUAACUUCAAGCAGAUCUGCGAGUUUCAUAACACGAGUCUCCUUGAGGGAGUGAAGUACUACGCCGAAGAACCUCGCAUGCUGGGUCGGGCGUUGCUGCGCAUGGAGCGAGAGUUUGACAAGCACGUGGCGUACUGUCGUGACGAGCCACACGCUCAGCGGCUGCUCACCGAGGAUCCUGUAGUGUCCCGGUACUUCAAGGCUUUAGCAGACAAAGUUGGUGACGACAAAGGACUAGCUGAGCAUCUCAAGUUACCGAUCCAAAGAAUAAACGACUACCAGCUUCUUCUAAAGGAGCUAGUGAAAUACUCUCAACGUCUCGGCGACGAUUGUACGGACCUUCAGAAAGCUCUCGAGCUAUUCUUAGGCGUCCCAACUCGAGCGACAAGCAACCUCUUCAUAUCUAGCAUCGAAGGUUACCGUGGGAACAUCUACAAACUAGGAAGGCUACUGACCCACGACUGGUUCACCGUCACUUGCGAACAGGAACGCGAACAACUAUACGUCUUCCUGUUUAAAUCGAGGUUACUUCUUUGUAAAGUCAAGCGGAUUGGUGAAGAUCGAUCGGCUUUUGAACUGAAACAAAUUGUCAAGCUUCCUGAGGUCGAAGUGAGGGAUAUCCCAGACAGCAACAAGUUCGAACUCCAUCAGAAAGCACCUCCUCUUGUAAUUACCUUUAAAGCCCACAAGGAGUCCAUUAAAACUUCUUGGUUGCAAGAGAUAAAACACUACGCCACCGAUCUAGUUGCACUAGCGGAACACGCGGCAGACGAUCUACAAGUCCAACCACCACCUGAAGAAUUCAUAGAAAAACCAGAAGAGAAGAGAAAGAGAUCAGAUACUGAAGAUCACAUUGAAGAUAUACAAGAGAAGAAAUUUCGUACGGAAGAAGUUGAAGUCUCAGAAGUUUUGACGAGGCAACAAUCUCUAGAAGUACUUAAAACAAAGAGAAAGGCAUCUACUGAAGCGCAGACUAUCACUAAACUUUCCAAGACUGAAGAAACAGAAACAUCAUCAAUAAGCGAAGUUCAAGAAAUAUACGAAGCUGUUGGCGCUGGAAGUGACGUCACAAUUGACUUAGGAUCUAAAACAUUAGUGACGCAAUCAAUUGAACAGGAAUCUGUCACAUCUCAGUCCCAGCUCAGUCAAGAAACAGUUAUUGAAAACAAAACAUUACAAACAGAACAUCAAGAAACCGUAUCCAUCCAAUCUGAACAAAAACAAAUUAGCGAACAAGUAAGUAUACAGUCAGACCUAGCUGACAGUGAAAACAAGGAAACAGUAAUUACUGAUAUUCAAAAGGCGGAAACAUCCACUAAGUCGACGGUAGAGAAAUCCCCAGAUCAGGAAUCAUCUCCCGUAGAAUCUCAAGAAUUGUUAAAAUCUUCUGUGGAGGCAACAUUACACACCACAUCUGAAGAAACAAGCACCCAAAAAUCUCCUUCCUACAACGAUCAAUUGCCUAAACCCUCGGAAGAGGAACCUAAUAACGUAGAACUAUCAGCUGUUAAGAGUGAAGAAAGAGUGGUUUACGAAAAACAAACAUCAAAAGUAGAGUCUAUCGAAGUAACUGAUAGAGUUUCAAAUAGUAGUGUAGUAAGUACCUCUGAUACUGAAUCUAUCACAUCGUGUGUUACAAAGAACGAACAAAGUGUAACCGAUAAAGAUUCAGAAAAUAUACAUAGAACAUCACAUGAAGAUAAAACAAACACCGUAGAUAAAACUGAGAUCACAUCGAAACAAAACUCUAAAGAGACAUUUACGUCUGCUGCUGUUACAGAAGAAUUGAAAUCAUCUUCACAAAAUUCAUCUUUAGAGGUUAUCGGUGAUACCGGUCAGAGUAGUGCGAAAGAAUACGAAGAAACUAAAGAGGAAAAUUAUUUUGUUUCUAAUAGAAAGGAAGACGCUGAAACUGGAAGAGAUCAGGCGGUUACUGACAUAAGUCACACUGAGAACCAAAAGUUAGAAGACAAAGUACGAGAAGGAAGCCAAGCUGUAACCACAGAGGAAGAAAACGAGGAGAUGUCGAGAUACAGCCGCACGUCGCGGCUCUCUGGAGAGUACUCCAGCAGCACCCGCAAACUAUCUUCGGGUGGCCGCUACGAGUCGUCUACAAAUGACGGCGGAGUCUCGAGCUACUCGCGGCGUGAAAGUGGAACUCGCUCUGAGGCGCGUUACGAAGCUGCUACGACUGUAGAUGGCAAUUCACGCUACGAAUCGAAAUACUCUUCGUCCGCAUCCAGCAAUCUCGAGGCUGGUUCCAAGUAUGCCCUUGAAUCAAGUUUCGAAGUCAAGGAAGCCUCUAAGUACGGUAUUGAAUCUGCAUCGAACGCUGGCAGUAAACUAGAUAGCAUCGCCUCCAAGUACGGUCUGGGCGCCGAUUCGGAUGCUCGGAUAGAAAACCAAUCUUCUAAGUACAGCGUGGAAGCUAGUUAUGACGGAAAUUCCGAAACUAUGAGUAAAAUUGACAGCAUCGCUUCCAAAUAUGGACGCAAUUCGAUAACUGGCAGCUCCAAGAUCGAGAGCCGGUCAACAAAAUUAAACAUCGAAACUAGCCUCGACGGCGACAGCGUGAACGGGGAAUCGAUCGUAGAAUCGAAAUAUAGCAGUCUGAGAAACGGUGACAGUGUCUCUCAAAGCAAGUACUCUAAGAAGACCGUGUCCAACGGUUCGGUCACGGAUGAAUACGGUUCCACGAAAACGGUAAAGAGGUCCGAGUCCCACGAGGGGAAGCCAGUCUUCACGAAGACGCUAGAAGGACAGAACAUCGAGCCGGGAGAGAACGUGACCUUCGAGUGCGAGCUGUCCAACGACGACGCCAAGGUGACCUGGUUGAAGGACAACCGGCCUCUGACCGACCGGCUCGCGGACCGCGUCGAGAGACGAGCUUCCGGGGCCGCCCACACCUUGCGGCUGCUGCACUGCCGCGAGGACGAUUCCGGCGUCUACACCGCUCUGGCGGAGACCCAGCGCGGCACCGCCACCUGCACCGCGCAGCUCGUCGUGCACCAGCUGACUCCGGAAGAGAGGCGACAAAAGAAUGCACUCAAUGCACCGUAUUUUGUGGUGGCUUUGAAGGACACGGAGAUCCUGUUGAACACGUUCCUUCGUUUCAUGAUCAGAGUGAAGGGGAAUCCAAACCCUGUAGUUAAGUUCUACCGUGAGGGUGUGGAGAUCGUAUCCAGCUCUCAGUCUGACCGCGUCAGCAUCCUUCGCACCCUGGCUGACAGCGGCUGUUACGAGUUGGUCAUACCGGAUGUGACGCGCGCCGACGCCGGAAAGUACUCCUGCCGGGCUGUCAACGAGUACGGAGACGUCGAGUGCGAGGCGACCGUCACCGUCGUCGAUGACAAGAACAUUUUCGGAGAACUACCGCCGGGCGGGGAAGGUCUCUUACCUAAAGGGGAGAAACCCAGCUUCACCUGGAAAAAGGAUGGAGUCAACUUCGACCCUGAAGAAAGAUUUAAGGUGUUGCUGGAAGAUGACGAGGACUCGUUGGCGCUGGUGUUUCAACACGUGAAGCCCGAGGACGCCGGCCUCUACACCUGUGUGGCCAAGACCAGCACCGGAAAUAUAUCCUGCUCCGCGGAACUUACCGUGCAAGGAGCAGUGAACUACCUUCACCGCGAACCCCAGAAACCUGAGCUGGUGAUCGAGCACCGCGAGGCUGUGGUGUCGAGCGGCGGCUCGGCUAUACUCGAACUGGUCUGCAAGGGCUACCCUAAACCGACAGUGGUGUUCAAACAUGACGGGAAAGUCGUCGAAGCUGAUGCCAGGCACAAGUUCCUUCACGAGGACGAUGAAAGCAUGUCCCUCGUCAUCAAAAACGUGUGCGAAGCGGACGCCGGCGUGUACCACAUCAGUGCCGAGAACGACCUGGGCGAGGACACCACCACCGUCAACCUCGUGGUCAAGGCCGCGCCCCGGAUUAAGAAGAAGAUCGAGAACCAGAGCUGCAUGGCGGGUUCGACUCACGAAGUUAUCAUCGAGGUGGAAGGAACUCCGGCCCCGGAACUGAAGUUCUUUAAGGACGGCGUCGAAAUCAAGUCCUCGGAGCGGGUCCGUAUAGUCAAGGAGUCGGAAGAGCUGUACAAGAUCAUCAUCAACGACUGCAAGCUCACGGACACCGGCUCCUAUUCUGUUGUUGCUACGAACGAGGUGAACCAAUGUUCAGACUUCUGGCAGUGGCACGUGUCCUCACCGCCGCGGGUCAUUAAGAAGAUUGGAGAAGAACGGAUCUGUAACGAGAAGGAAACUGUCACGCUCACCGUGGAGACUGAGGCCGACCCUGCUCCCACUGUCACCUGGUACAAAGAUAAAGUGGAGCUGAAGGAAUCGACCGCAGUGAAGAUGUCAUCCAAGGGCCAGGCUCACUCUCUGGUCAUCUCGUCCGCCGCCCGCGCGGAUAGCGGAGAAUACUCCUGCGAGGUCCGCAACACGCUGGGCAGCACGAGCGACUCGUGUUCGGUGAACGUGCGGCGCGGGCCCGUGUUCACGAAGCGACUGAGCGACCUCACGGCGGCCGAGGGGGACGUCAACGUGGAGUUCACUGUGGAUGUAGACGCCUUCCCGCAGCCCAGCGUGCAAUGGUACUUAGGAGAUGUGGAAAUAACAGAGAAGAAGUCAGUGUACAGUCGCGUCGACAACGGCAGCAGUCACAAGCUGAUCCUUAAAGAGGUGUCCGCGGAAAUGUCCGGACGUUACACCUGCAAGGUGACCAACGACCUGGGGGAAAACUCCUGUCAGGCCACCUUUACCGUCAACAGAAAACCCCGUAUUACAAAAAGCUUGGUCGACAUGACUGUGGACGCUGGGCAGACUUUGAAAAUGGAAGUCGAAGUAGAGGGUUGUCCUGAACCAAAAGUUAAAUGGUUCAAGGACGGCAAAGAAGUCACUACGGACGCUAGGAUAAAGAUUGAACGGGAUACUAAGAGGUUAGAGAAUUAUCAUCUCACUGUGACUCUGGUCAAAGAAGAGGACGGAGGAGAAUACGAAGUGAGGGCUGAAAAUGAAAUGGGCAGUGUGUCCAGCAAGAGCACUGUCACUGUUCAUACUAAAGAAGUUCAUUCGAGAUUCAAGAAAGAAAAUAUUCUUGAAAGAGAAUUGGAAGAGGACAAUCAAUGUCAAAAACAACAAAUUGAUUUCGUGGACACUGAGAAGAAAAAAACUGCUGGGAAGAAAAAAACGAUAGCUGAAGAAGUGGAAGAGAAGUCUUUGGAUGAUGGAUCUGAAGUAAAAGUGAAGGCCGUUGUUAAUGAGGAAAUCGAUAAACCGAUCUCCCUUAAAUCCCAGAAAUCCUAUACGGAACCCGAAACGAUUGAAGAAAAAUCUUUGGCUGAUGAAACUGAUGUUAAGGUAAAAACGGUUAAUUGUGAAGAUGUUGAAAAGCCUGUCAAAGUAAAAUCACAGAAAUCAUUCACUGAGCCAGACAAGAUUGAAGAGAAAACGAUAGCAAAUGAAAGUGAGACUAAAGUCAAACCUGUGGUGAUUGAAGAAGUUGACAGGCCCGUUCCAGUUAAAUCACAAAAAUCUGUUACUGAACCCGAAAUCAUUGAAGAAAAAUCUUUUUGGGAUGACAUACAAAACGACGGAAAAGUAAAAUUGGCCGAGGUAAAUGAACCGGAAAAUAUCCCACGAAAAGCAAAGAAAUCCUUUUCAGAAAUGCAAGAAGCGGAGAACAAAUCUAUUUGGGACGAAAAUCAUAACGAAAGAUCAAAACAGCCAAUUGUUGAAGAUGUAAUUGAAGAACCAGACAAAGUUGAAAGAGGUGUUACUAAACCAGAAUUAGUAGAAAAGAAGGAAAUCGAAGCUGAUCUCGUUUCACCCAAACGCAAGUCUGUUAAAAAAGAAAGUAUAAACGAAGAACCCUUGAGUGCUGACACCGAAGGGCGAGUUUUCGAAACAGUAACCACAUUCAAGUCUGGCGACGAUGGUUCAAUUAUAGUAUCUAAAGUAAGCAGCACCCGCUCUCACGGCGCUGUUGUCACAGGUCCAGCCGAAACGCGCACUUUACAUAAAAUGACAUCAAGCGCUGUAUAUUAUGAUGAUGAUGAGGAAUGUGAUAGAAAGGUUUUGAGACCGAAUAAACCGCACACGACUUCAUUAGAAGUAGAAGAGAUCGCUAGUCACAGUUACUAUCUUUCCGAACUCGGAUAUUAUACAAUACCGGAACAUAUCAGACGGGGCACAUACGGGAUAAUCGAGGAACCCCAGACCGAUUCUGACGCGGAGACCAACUCUAGACAUGGCAGACAAUUUGGGGCCCGAACUCUGUCAAUUAUGUCUAUGUCAGAAGAUGAUAUGAGCUGGCAAAACGACUCGCUCUCGCGAGAAAUUUCCAUUGAGGACCUUUCUAAAUGUAUCUUCGAAAUAGAUGAAACUAAAAAGGUAUUCAGUAGAGACUCAUACGUGCGUCAAUCGUCAUUUAAGGAAGAUUUCUUCACAGACGAAGGUGAAGAGGAAUCAAUUAUACUACAAGAAAGAAGUCAAAAGGUCUUUGAGAACGAUAUCACAGAGAAAAUAAUUCACAUAUCGAAAGAAUUUGAUGAAAACAGUUCCGUGCAGAAUAAGACAGACGAUGUCAAGAAUCGCAUUAUAGAAGAACUCGUAUUAAGCCCCACUAAAAACCUUAAUAAUAUAACAAAGGAUGUCGCCGAGUCCUCCGUGGAAAGAAAGAAAAAGAUUAACAAUAGUCUUUUUAGUGUUGAAGAGGAAGACAGUGGAAUAGAAGACUUACUAAGACGUAGCCAGAGACAAAGGAGCAUUUUAGAUGACAUUCUUGAUCAAGAAGACAAAAAAGCACCCCCCAAAUUAAAAAACAGCAGCAUGAAGGAUGGACACACUUACGAAUCUCUGCCUCUGGUUUAUACCGUGGAAGCCUCGGGUACUCCCAAGCCCACCCUGCGCUGGCUUCAUGACGGACAGGAAGUUAAGCCUGAUGACAGGAUCCACGUCUCCAACGAUGGAGAUCUUUACAAGCUAAAGAUAGACUCCGUGGAUAUGAAGGACGCCGGUAAAUGGCAGUGUGAAAUUAUCAACGAUUUGGGUAAAGAGACACUGCAAGCAGAGCUGUCCGUAUCACCGGUAGCCGAGCUUCGGAAGCCAAUCUUCACGAAACCUCUGGAAGCUGUAAGCGCGAUGCAGCGCACCCCGGCCACGCUGACCGCGGUGUGCACAGCGGACCCCUUACCUCACGUGUCGUGGGCGCUCAACGGAAAUGAACUCCAGCCUGAUGUAACCCUGGUUAUGAACCAGGAGACCAAGGAACUCGACCACGGCAUCAAGGAGUGCACUUUUAGCCUUCAUCUACCCAGUGGCCUCCACACAGAUACGGGCACUUACACUCUCACAGCCAAGAAUCAGUACGGUGUGGGCGAGUCCUCGGCGCGACUAGACAUCCUUCUGCGCCCCGAAGUAGAGCCCCUUAAAGACAUCACCACUGUGCCCUUCGAAGAAGUCACCUUCAUCACUAAGAUCAAGGCCAAUCCCGUGGCUGAAGUCAAAUGGAGCAAAGAUGGCUACAUAAUCCAACCUUCCGAGCACUACGAAAUCCUUGAAGAUCGGGAGAAGGAGCGCUUCCAGCUGGUGGUGAAGGACGUGAGGCUGGAGCAGGCCGGCGCCUACACUGUCACCGCCACCAACGACCUGGGCGAGACCACACAGCAAGCUAAGCUCAAUGUGCACACGGACAAGCCUACGUUCGUGAAGCCUCUGCAGAAGCAGAUCGUAAAGGACUACGAAGACUGCACAUUGAGGGUCCGCUGUGACGGCGUGCCCAAGCCCGACGUCAAGUGGUACCUGGAGGGGAAGCCCGUGGAGAACGACGACCGGCACACCGUCAACACGGAGGUCGGCGGACAGGUGGACAGCGAGCUGGAGAUUAAGCACUUCGGCGCCCAGGACGCUGGAACUUACACGGUGGUGGCCAGCAGUGUGUCCGGCUCAGCGGAGUGCUCGGCCGCUAUCUCGCUAGCUCAAAUUCCUCCGGGAUUCUCACACAAACUGGACCGGCAGAAGGAGGUGGACGAGGGAGAGCCGCUGGAGUUGAAGGUCAAGGUCGACGGCAGCCCCAUACCGAAAGCUAAAUGGCUCAAGGACGGAGUGGAGCUGUCUCCGUCGGACAGCCACGUGCAGCAGAGCAGCCAACCCGACGGCACCGUCAAGCUCUACAUCGAUCGAGCCACUCCUGCGGACUGCGGCGCUUACAAGUUGAUCAUCACCAACCCCAGCGGCGAGCACAUGGCUCUGUGCGCGGUCGCCGUCAAUCCAACUCCACGCAAACCUUCAUUUAGCGAGGAGCUGGAAGAUACUAAGGUCGUAGUGGGUCAGCCGCUGAAGAUGCAGGCUCGUGUGAUGGCCUUCCCCGCCCCAGAGGUGAAAUGGUUCAAGGAUGGUAUCCCCCUGCGACCCAGUCAGGCCGUGAACUUCAUCAACAGUCCGGGAGGAGUCAUCGGCCUCAGCAUCGACAGCGCCAGGCCCGAGGACGCCGGCGUGUACUCUCUGGUGCUCACUAACAAGCUGGGCGAGGCGGAGUCCAAAGCUCAGAUCGAAGUGGGUCAGAAGGAACGUAAGCCGGCUUUCAUCGCAGAGCUACAGCCGGCUAAGGUUAUUGAAGGUUUCCCUGUCAAGCUGGAGGUGAAGGUGCUGGGUCACCCGCCGCCUUCUAUUAAAUGGACUCGCGACGGCAAGGAACUGAUUCCUGACGGUCAGUCGGUCCGCGUGGUGUCUCAGCCGGACGGCACACACGCGCUGCUAUUGUCCUCGGUGUCCCCGAGCGACGCCGGGGUCUACUCAGUGAUCGCGUCUAAUGAUAAAGGCGAGAUGACCUCCAGUGCGCCCGUCUCUGUCUCCGGUCGCGAGGACAGCUCCAGCCCUCAAGAACGUCCGCAGCUGAUACACGGUCUGCGAGACAUUUCCGGUGAAGAGGGCCAGCCGCUCGUCAUGAGCGUGCCGUUCACAGGCAAUCCCGUGCCAAAGGUCUCGUGGACUAAGGACGGGAAGCCGCUCACCCCCAACGAUAGAGUGUUGCUCACUUGCGACGGGAAGAGGGUGGGGUUGGAGAUCAAUCCCCUCGAGGUCGGAGACUCGGGAACAUACUCUGUGAAGCUGGAGAACCCUCUGGGCGAGGACUCGUCUGACGGUAAACUGACCGUGCGGAAAGUUUACCAGCCACCUAAGUUCGUGCAACGAUUCACAGACCUGCAACAGCUGCCGACCUUCGACGCCAAGUUCCCGGCUCGGGUGACGGGCGUGCCCUCCCCCGAGAUCUCCUGGUACAAGGACGGCGUCCCGCUGAAGACGUCUGACAAGUACGGCUUCAAGAGAGACGGCGACGCGUGCUGCUUGUACGUGAGGGACGUGACUCCGGCCGACGCGGGCCUCUACCGCUGUGUGGCUCGCAACAGGGAAGGCGAAGAUAGCUGUGAAGCUGCUCUAGAAGUCGUCGACAAGAUAGCUCGCAAGCAGAAGGUAGAGCCUCCGUCGUUCCUGAAGCGCCUCGGCGACGCGGAGGCGCUGCGUGGUCUCAGUGCCAAGUUCACGGCCUGCGUCACCGGAACUCCCGACCCGGAAGUCGAAUGGUUCCGUAACGACUUGAAGCUGUUCCCGUGCGAGCGAGUUCGGAUAGAGCAGGAGUCCACGGGCUUGUUGCGGCUCACGAUAUCAGGCGUGGGACCGGACGAUGCUGGCGUCUACCGCUGUCGGAUAUCCAACCCUCACGGGCAGGACGAGUGUCAGGCUAACCUGAUAUACGACACGGGUCUAGAACCACAGUCCGGUAGAAAGCCGCUAUCAGAGCAGUACUCCGAUUUCGACAAAAUGAAAAAAACGGGUGUGCCCAUGCCGCUGACGGACAAACCCAUCAUCUCUCGCAUGGCUGACAGACACCUGACACUGUCCUGGAAGCCGUCCAUCCCGCACCAGCCGCGGUUCCCUGUCACCUACCAGGUGGAGAUGUGCACUAUACCAGAUGGCGAUUGGUUUACCGCUCGUACGGGGCUGCGGUCUUGCGCCUGUGACGUGCGCAACCUGGAACCCUUCCGCGACUACCGCUUCAGAGUCCGUGUCGAAAACCGCUUCGGCGUCAGCGACCCGUCGCCCUACGCCGUCACGCACCGCGCCAAACUGGAACCCGACCCGCCCAAGUUCGUGCCUUACCUACAGCCCGGCAUCGACUUCCGCCCGGAGACCUCGCCCUACUUCCCUAAGGACUUCGACAUCGAGCGGCCUCCCCACGGCAGCUAUGAACAGGCUCCCAAAUUCCUCCGUCAGGAACAAGACUCACAGUACGGUGUGAAAGGCCACAACGUAGACCUGUUCUGGUUCGUGUAUGGCUACCCGAAGCCCAAGAUGACUUACUUCUUCGACGAUCAACCCAUCGAGGCCGGAGGACGGUACGACUGGAGCUACACCAGGAACGGACAGGCGACGCUUUUCAUAAACAAAAUGUUAGAGCGUGACGUGGGUUGGUACGAAGCGGUGGCCACCAAUGAGCACGGCCAGGCCCGGCAGCGCGUGCGACUCCAGCUGGCGGAGCACCCCGCCUUCAUACGACGGCCCGAGGAAGUGGUCGUCAUGACGCGGCGAACUGCUCGACUCGAAGCACGCGUCACCGGCCUGCCUUACCCCGACAUCAAGUGGUAUAAGGACUGGCAGCCACUGGCACAGAGCUCCAGGAUUAAGAUGUACUUCAUCGAACCGGAUACAGUACAGCUGGUGAUAACGGACGCCAUUCUGAAGGACGAAGGUCUGUACUCGGUGUCAGCACGUAACGUCGCCGGCUCAGUCAGCUCAUCCGCAAUGCUCUAUGUGGAAGAAAGUGAACACGAAUAUUCACAAAGAAUCCGUGAAUACCCUCCGCGAAUCAAGCCUAGCAGCAAACCCUUUGGAGACCAUUUCGACCUUGGAGACGAGCUGGGCCGUGGAGUGCAAGGGGUCGUGUACCACGCCGCCGAGAGACUUUCAGGUCGUAAUUAUGCUGCUAAGAUAAUGCACGGCCAUUCGGAGCUGAAGCCGUUCAUGAAAAACGAACUUGACGUGAUGAACCAGCUGAACGACCGCCACCUGGUGCGGCUGUAUCAGGCCUUCGAACACGACCACACCUUGGCGCUGGUCAUGGAGCUGGCUGCUGGUGGGGAACUCGUCAGAGAUCGGCUGCUGCGUAGCACCGGCUACAGUGAGCGCGAGGUAGCGGGCUACAUGCGACAGCUGCUAAGGGGAUUGAAGCACAUGCAUGACAACAGCUACGCUCAUCUCGGACUCACGAUCGGCGAGCUGCUUCUGUCUCAUUCAGGAAGCGAUCAUUUGAAAAUCUGCGAUUUUGGCCUCUCGCGCAAGAUCCAUCUUGACAAACACGCUUCCUUGAGUUACGGUAUGCCCGAGUACGUGGCACCCGAGGUCGCCAGAGGAGAGGGAGUCACCUUCGCCGCGGACAUGUGGAGCACCGGUAUCAUCACUUACAUACUGCUGAGCGGAAUGUCGCCCUUCAGAGGUGCCAAUGAUAGAGAGACGCUCACGAGGAUUCAGGAAGGCAAAUGGCAGUUCGAGGAGGAAUGGUGGUCCCGUCUGAGUCGGGAGUCGAGGGACUUCAUAUCCAAACUGCUAGUCAUCAACUGGAGAGACAGAAUGGACGUCGACGCAGCCCUGAACCACCCCUGGCUGACGCUAGCCGACAAGAUCUAUAAGGACGAAUAUAUCAUAUCAACGGACAGAUUGAGGAAUUAUUACAAUUUAUACAGGGAAUGGAUGGACAACGCCCAAUGUCGCACGUGGUUCCGUCGUCGGCCGCUGAGUGGCGCCUUCGAGCAUCCCUCUAAGAUGGUGUACCCACCCGGCAUCGUGUACACACCUGAAGGAACUCCUGAGCGCGAUGACGUCUCCAGAGAUAGAAAACCCGCGGAGUGGGACCUUAAGUUCAAGCAGUGGGAUCACCCUGACUGGGAGGUUUCCGCCAAGUCUGAAAGCCACUACCAGAAUGGUCCAGAUACCUACCUGUUGCAGCUACGAGAUACUUCGUUCCCUGUGAGACUCCGAGAGUAUAUGAAGGUGGCCUGCACGCGCUCGCCCGGCUACAGCCUGGCCGUGCACGACACAUACGACCCCAGGACGCCAAUAAUCCGUGAACGUCGGCGGUUCACGGACAUCAUGGACGAGGAGAUUGACGACGAGCGGCGCGAGAGGAUCAACAACUAUGGAACGGAGUCCUACACCAUCCGGAGACUUAGACACGAGCUCGGCACACGCCUCGACAGCUACGCGGAAGCACAGGCCUUCAUGGAAUCUAAAAAGGACGGCCAACUGCCCUUCUUCCGAGAAAAGCCCCAAGUCUUGCCCGUCCAAGAGGGCGAUCAAGCUCAGCUCUCCUGCUUCGCCGUAGGAGAUCCUCAGCCUUCAAUACAGUGGUUCAAAAACGACAUGGUCAUCGCUGAGGGCCAGCGCAUCAAAAUCAUUACAGACGAGGACGGCAGAUCCACUCUCAAAUUUGACCCAGCCAUGCAUCACGAUAUAGGUUAUUAUAAGGUGGUAGCCAGAAAUAAGGUCGGUCAAACGGUGGCUAGGACGAGAAUAGUAGAGGCUACUUACCCGGACGCCCCGGACAGCCCAACCGCGGCUGACGUCUCCGACACUGAGGUGCUGCUCCGGUGGAAACAGCCUAAGUACGACGGCAACUCUCCGGUGGUGUGCUACAGUCUGCAAUAUAAAAAGGGCGAUAGCGUGGAAUGGAUCACAGUCGCUGAGAAUAUUGACCACGAGUUCUUCGUCGUGAGGGACCUCGAACCGGACACGAGCUACCAAUUCAGAUUGUCAUCUCGCAACAGGAUCGGCUGGAGCGACAAGGGCAUCCCGACUAACUUGGUUAAAACGAAACAAAUGGGUUCUCCGAAAAUAGAAGUUACAAAGGCGAUGAAACACCUGCAACAGUUGACUGAAUCUGGACAGGAAAUUGUUCUGGACGAAAACAAGCCCGUACUGGAUUACGAAACGGAAAACAAUCCACUCGAAUGGGACACGGCCACCAAUGUCGCCGAACGCUACACGUUCAUAUCCGAGCUGUGGCGAGGCAAUUUCUCAACUAUAGUUAAAGCCGUCGACAAGAACACAGACAGCGUUGUAGUAGCAAAGCUUCUAGAAAACCGACCCGAGACUGAAGUUCAAGUGCAGAGGGAGUACAAUUGCUUGAGGAAACUUAAACACGAGAGAAUAUCGAGCUUGAUCGCGGCGUAUCAAAUUCCGGGAUCACCCGUGGCCGCGCUCGUUAUGGAGAAGCUACAAGGCGCCGACGUGCUCACAUACCUGUCCAGUCGUCACGACUACACUGAACAGAUGGUGGCCACGAUCGUGAGCCAGGUGUUGGACGGCCUCCAGUACCUCCACUGGCGCGGCUACUGCCACCUCAACCUGCAGCCCGACAACGUCGUGAUGGCCUCCGUCAGAGCCAUCCAAGUCAAACUGAUAGACUUCGGCUCAGCGCACCGAGUCACCAAGUUGGGCACCAGCGUCCCACAGGUCGGCGACUUGGAAUAUAAAGCGCCGGAGAUAAUAAACGACGAGCCGGCCUACCCGCAGACGGAUAUAUGGUCACUCGGUGUUUUGACCUACAUCCUGUUGUCGGGAGUGUCACCCUUCCGCGGCGCUGACGAUGCAGAGACUAAACAGAAUAUAUCUUUCGUGAGAUACCGCUUUGAGCAUCUAUACAAAGAGAUCACUCAGGAAGCAACACGUUUCCUCAUGUGGGUGUUCAAGAAGGUCCCCCUGAAGCGUCCGUCUGCUGAGGAAUGUCCGGAACACCGCUGGCUCGCAAACUCAGACUUCAUACAGAGGAAACGAGAAAGGGCUGUCUUCUUAGGCAACAGGCUCAAGGAGUUCUCAGAUGAAUAUCACGAGCGUAAGUCUCGUGCCACCUCUCAGACGGACAUACUGGCUUCAUGCGGCGCCGCCCCGAGGUUGGCGCGCUCCAACAGCGUCGCUGACGAAUUACAAACUAACACCGACUUCUGCACGCACUGAAACACGUACCAACACUCAACACACGAUUACCACCCCUCAAAGUGGCGACGAGAGUCAUCAUUUGUUUUAUUUCUAAAAUAUAUACAACCUUCAUGCCCUGGCCCCUGGGUUACGAUCACUCAUUGACGAAAUUGGAAUCGUGUCAAUAUUUUUGUUUUUUGGUGCAUACAUGUAUUUUAAUCACCCCUCGGUCAGGUUUAUAUAAAUCUUUUGUUUGUUAUAUUAUUGUAAAUAUUUAAUUGUAUUGUUGUGAUUCAAAUAAUGAAGAUCAUUAUAUAAAAAUUUAAAACAUCAUUUUCAAUAAGUACCUACUCAUUUUUUAUAACCAGUGACUAUUUUCAACGUUUGUUUAUUUGAGGUCAUAGAAUAUAUAAAUUUUAUACUCUGUUGAAACUAAACAUCUGGCGAAGAAAUCAUUUAAUUUAUUUUUGAAUCUGGCUUGUUAUUAUUAAGUUAACUUAUUUAUAAAUAGUUUUACUAUUUUACUUUUUGUAUUACGUUGGAAAUAAAAUUCGAUUUCUGAA